AUGGAAUUACUGCGAAGAUCCUGCGGCUCCUCGUCUUCUUCUUCUUCGUCCUCUCGCCGACCCGCCCACUUGCCCAUCCUCGGCGAAGGAACGACCGCCUUCGAAACCCCCUACCUCAAACUCGGCCUCAAUGGUCCCGGCUUAUUACCGGGUGAUUCGGAGAGCCACAGGAGCGACGGUUUGAGAAUGCUGAGAGAACCCAGCAUUGGGUUCGAGAAGGGGAGCGAGGAGGAAGCUCCUGCCGAGGGUUCCGGCCGCGCGCCGGAUGACCCGCCGUCGCGGCUGAUCGGGCGGUUCCUACACCAGCAGCGGGCCUCCGGCGACGUGUUGCUGGACGUGGAACUGGAGAUGGAGGAGCUGCGCUGCGGCGACGGCCGGAGGGACUUGCCUCCGGUGGCCGAUUCGCCGCCGGCGCCACGGCCGCAGAGGCAGAGCCAGGACGGCUCGAGUGUCCUGCCAGCCGCCCACCUCGGCAGUGCCACAGAGGCGGCACGGAGGUUUGCCGAGCCGUGGGGAGAUGGAAACUCUGUAGGCAACAGAGAAGAGGAGGUCUUGAAAAGCACGUCGAGCGCGACUUCCCAGCGGAAAUCAUGCCUGCUCUGCACAAAAACCCGGUCGCGGCUGAUGGACCCGCCGGAGGAGCCCCAACGGAGAUCGGGUCACAUUCCGCGGUCUGGAAUGUUGGGGAGGCCAGGGGAUGAGGACGAGGACGACAUCUUCUUGGAAGAAGACCUGCCAGAGGAGUUCAAGAAAACCCAGUUCGGUGCCAUGGCUCUGUUACAGUUGGUGAGUUUGGUCUUGAUCGUUGGUGCUUUAGUUUAUACUCUUGCGAUUCCUGCAUUGAAGCAUAAGGAUUUGUGGAAGCUCAAACUGUGGAAGUGGGAGGUCAUGGCCCUGGUCUUGAUUUGUGGGAGGUUGGUCUCUGGGUGGAUGAUUCGACUAGUUGUGUUCUUCAUCGAGAGGAACUUUCUGCUGCGAAAACGGGUUCUGUAUUUCGUCUACGGCCUUCGAAAGGCAGUGCAGAACUGCCUGUGGUUGGGAUUGGUCUUGACUGCUUGGCAUGCUCUAUUCGACAAGAAGGUCGAGAGGGAGACGAACAGUGACAGGUUGAGGUACGUCACCAAGGUGCUGGUGUGCUUUUUGGUGGGGACUCUACUGUGGUUGAUCAAGACACUGAUCAUCAAGGUGCUGGCAUCGUCGUUCCAUGUGAGCACCUACUUUGAACGGAUCCAGAAGUCUCUGUUCAAUCAGUACGUGAUCGAGACGCUGUCGGGUCCCCCUGUGAUUGAAAUUUGGAGGAGACAGGAAGAGGAGGAGGAGAUUGCAUGUGAUCUCCAGACUUUACAGAAAGCAGGCGUGACUGUGCCGCCAGAUCUAAGGGCGGCAGCUUUUCCAACUAAAAGUGGGAUGGUAGUUGGGAGCGGAGGAGGGCUUCAGAGAAGUCCCCGAGAGAAGAACACCAAGCUCUCUCCAGGGCUGUCGGGAAACAGCGAGGGAGGGAUCACAAUGGAGCACUUGCAAAAGAUGAAUCCCAAAAAUGUGUCUGCCUGGAAUAUGAAAAGAUUGAUUAAUAUCGUGCGGCAUGGAUUUCACUCGACGUUGGAUGAGCAGAUACAGGAUUCUACUCAAGAGGAUGAGUCGGCAACAUUGAUCAGGAGUGAAAACGAAGCCAAAGCUGCAGCUAGGAAGAUCUUUCGAAAUGUGGCUAAGCCUAAUUCAAAGUUUAUCUACUUGGAAGAUCUGAAGCGGUUCAUGAAGGACCAUGAAGCCUUGAAUACGAAGAGACUCUUCGAAGGAGUUGAUGAAUGCAAGAAGAUAAUCGGCAAGUCGUGCCUGGAGAACUGGCUGGUCAAUGCUUUCAGGGGGAGGAGAGCACUUGCCUUGACCUUAAAUGACACCAAGACUGCAGUCGACAAGCUGCAUCACGUGGUCAACGUCAUAGUCGGUAUCAUCAUAUUGAUCAUCUGGCUUCUCAUCCUGGGAAUAGCAACAAGCAAGUUCCUGUUCUUUCUCUGUUCGCUGCUCGUCCUUGUCGCAUUUAUUUUCAGGAACAACUGCAAGACCAUAUUUGAGGCGAUCGUCUUCUUGUUCGUGAUGCAUCCGUAUGAUGUGGGCGACAGGUGCGAGAUCGAUGGAGUCCAGAUGGUUGUGGAAGAGAUAAACAUCCUGACGACCGUGUUUCUGAGGUAUGACAAUCAAAAGAUUAUAUAUCCAAACAGCACUCUUGCAACGAAGGCCGUCGGCAACUAUUAUUGGAGCCCUGACAUGGAAGACGCGGUCGAGUUCUGUGUGCACAUAGCUACUCCUGCAGAGAAGAUUGCUGCCAUGAAGCACAAGAUAACCAGUUAUGUCGACAGCAAGAAAGAGCAUUGGUAUUUCUCACCAAUGAUCAUAAUGAAGGAUAUAGAAGAGCUGAACAAUGUGAGGAUUGCCGUGUGGCUGUGCCACAAGAUGAAUCACCCAGACAUGAGAGAGAAGGAGAUGGUCAAGAUGUUCAGAGAGCUUGACAUCCAAUACCGCCUACUACCGCUUGACAUCAACGUCCGCGCAAUGCCUGCCUCGAGCUCCAUGCGGGUUCCUCCAGCAUGGGAAAACGCUGGCUGAGUUGCUCAGCUAGUUCGACAAAGAGCUGCAUUCACCGACGGAAGAUAGGCAGUUGGCAUUCCACGUUAGCAGUGCUAUGCGGACCGUGUAUCAGACUCCGGCAAACCACUACUUCUUUGGCUAUGAGGUUUUCCUUUCUCAUUGAACAUAUUCAUCACAGUUCAGUGAAAAUUUGGUUUCUCCAUCUUUCCUGUCAC